AUGCAGGUUGGCAGCAAAUUCAAGUCCCUCCCCCGCCAGGCGUUCUGUCACUUCUGUGGUGAACAGAAGCCCAACCUCCCCAUUUGUAACCGGUGCGAGAUGGUUCACUACUGUUCUCGAACACAUCAAAUUGCAGACCACCCUUACCACAAGGCAAACUGCCGGUAUAUCGCCCAGUGCAUUGAGAAAGUGUCCCACGAAGCCGAGCAGCUGCGAAAUGUUGACUGGGGUGCCGAUCCGUACGGCAAGUUCUUCAUUAUCCCAGAGACUCGAGCUUACAUGUUUGCCCAGAUGCGUCUCGCCACAGCGAUGUGCCUUUUCGACACUCCAGACGCGGUCAACGCACAAGUUGAGCUCCUGCUGAAAAUGUCUUGGCUGGGAAGGCGGGACGACGGCCUAUAUUUGAGAACGAUCAUCCCAGGCUUGAUGUUGCGGCUCGGCAAGGAUCAGGAGUGCUACGACUUUGUGAAGUGGUGGGGGACGACACCCGUCAACAGUCCUUGCUUUGACGAUAUUUAUCUGCCAUACCUGGAUCUGAAAGGCUCAAAUGCCUUCGAGAACUAUGGGUGGAUAUUCUCUAGCAGCUCACUGGAGCUUCCUAUGGUUGUCGCUCUUCUUUUGCUCAAGAUCAGGUUAUACCUCGAUAUCAAGCUUAUACAGAGAGCUUUCCCUCCUUAUGCGGGUACUACUGGAUCCCCUAGCCAAGCCAAUCAAAGCCAGCAUGCGUCUGAUAAGCCCAUUGAGGCAGUGGCAACUCAAGACAAUACUCAGGAAACGCCGGUCGUCCAGAAAGCUGUUGAAAAUGAAUCUGCCGUUGCCCAAACUGGCGACGAAUCCACAACUCCACAGCCCCCAAACCGUCAAACAGACGCGCAGCAACUCGAUGACAUGCUUUUCAGCGAAGACGCCGCUAGAAAUACCAAGGACACCGAAAAGAUCACCGCUAAUACGGCCCCUCGGACGAAAAAAUACACCGAUUUCACUGAAAGUGUCAAGCGUGACGAAACCAGUGGGACCAAGUCACAAUCUUUGAAGCCGGUUUCCAAUGCUGCCCGAAUAGUUCCCUGCCUUCGCAGCAACAUUGUCAUCGACCACCUCGAGGUUAUCAAGGACUCUAAUCAUACGGGUAUGAUAGCUGAGUUGGAAACACAAAUAUCAGAGCUGUACAAGAUAGUUCACCAGCUGAACGCGAGGUUCUGGGGAGAUGUGAGCACCUUCGUCUCGAUGUGCCGACACAGUACCAGGGACCGAGCUGACAUGUGCCCUACUCCACAGCUUUUGAACCCAAGCAAAGCACUGGCCGCGACUACAGACUUCAUUGACCCGGGUGGGAUGGCAGAGUCGUAUAGUGCAGUCAAGUUCUCAAGGAGCUCAUGGUACGAGACUCCAGGGGCAAUCGAGAUGAUAUGUCUGUUUUCCAAGGCAGAAACGAGUUAA